CCCACUUUGCAUGUUUAUCGCAGAGAUUUCUCGCUCAAUUUAUUUUAUUUUAACUAUAAUAGAAAGCUUAGUUGUUGCGGUUUUUUAUGUAAAAUGGUUUGUCUGUCACGCGGGGGUUAGAUUAUGAUUGGUUUUGCGGUCAGGAGGUGGUAUCGCAAUGUAUAGUUAGUGGAGAGUUGUGUUGAUGUGUCGGUGUUUUUGGUGUGUGAUGGUUGUGGAGUCGUGAGGAGUAGCAAGAUGCACGAGCUUCUGAAGCACGUGCUGACGGAACGAGACCUGACGCGCGCCGGGGACCUAUUCGCAAUCCCUGACGCGGACAUCGUAGAUGACCUCAAUGAUGUGCUCAAGCAGAUAACGGAGAUUUCAUCACGUCCGGACUAUACUCGUAACGAUCGUGAUCAGGCACUCAUAGAAAUAUGUGUAACAAGAGUGACAUCGUGUAUCAAGGAAACGGGAACAUUGGACAAGUACUGUGGAACUCUGGUGUCAUUACUUGAAUCCUGUCUUCAUCAUAAUCUGAUGCCAUUGGGGCAUUUGAGAGAUGACGACCCACCACAUGCAAAGAUCGCGUCUGACAUCAUUGCUUGCAUAGUUCUGGUAUCGUUCCCAGUACAAUCAGACAAAGAGAACUACGGUAACAAGAGUGUGAUGGAGUUGUUCCUGCCGGUGGCCGUGCAGUUCCUUCACAAGGGCAACCGGGAGAUAUCACGACACAUGGCACGUUACCUGUCUCUAGCUGCACUACAUCACGCUGCGCUGUUGAAACCACAUGUGCAUACUAUCAUGGACUCUAUUAUGUCAGGUAACUAUCCUCUCUGCCGGAUCUUGACGAACUUAUACGAGGUGUGCCCUGAACCUCUGGAGGGCCACACGACGGCCCUCGUCUCUCUUCUUCCUCACGCCGAGCAAGUUGAGAAGAAUUCUCUCUUCGCUUUGUUUGAGCAAAUCGCUGUACGGAGGCCCGAGGCGCUGAAGACCUGUGUCCCGCAGCUGCUGUCGUACCUGUGUCCCAAUACCGCGCCCCAAUCCGACCCUGGCUGCAUGUGCGUUGACAUACUACAGCUGAUAGUCUGCCUGUCUCGAACCCGAGUGACGCUAGUGCUGGAGCACUCUGUCACAGUGAAACGCGCGUCCCGGCAGCCCCACGCCUCGCCGCAGGCCGUGGCUCUUGUGGCCACUGUACUAACACAACUCGGGUAUACUGGCAGGGAGCGUGCACAAGAAGCCCUGAACUUCGUGCUAGAGAGUCUAUCAACAGCGGACCGCAGCACGCACGCGGCUCUCAUGCGGGAAGCCACGUCGCUCUGCAGUGCCUUCCCGGCCUUGUUCACUGACAAGGUGCUUACCGCUGUUCGGGCUAAGAACAGCACGCGUCCAAAGUCAACGAUAUCGAGUGAAGUCAACCGCACAUCGGGCGGGGUCACCAUCGUGAAGUUAGGCGGACCCACCCCCGCGCCGCCCGUGACGUUACCGCCGCCCGUGACGUCACAGCCACCAGUAACAUCACCACCAGUAGCUGGAUACACACGCCGGGCGAAACUGGGAGACUCAAGGAGUACUGGGAGGUUGCAUCCCGGCCCUAAUUCUCACAGGAGCAUGACCCGGCUCAAUGUUGCUGGCGGUUCAGUAGGCGGUCUACAUAAGAGCAUGACGCGCCUGUCGUCAUCUCAGCAGAUAAACUCGCAACAGAACAACGCGGUUCCGCCUAACGCAGCGGUGAACGGCAAGGCGUCCAGCGGUACGGUGUCCACCGGCACGGCGGCGCCGCGGGCCCGCGCCCCGCCUGUCCGCCCGCACCACCACCAUCACAUACUCAUUGGACCCUCCACCUCCACGACAACCGGCCCAACAAUAAUCUCAGGGUCCACCAUACCCCCUCAGUCCAUAUCCAUAAACCCCCUCACGUCAGGCAAAUCCUCCGACGCCCUCACACCCAUCACAUCCGUCUCGAUACAGCACUCCAACACAGCACUGGGUCACGUCUCAGUCAUCACCUCCACCGCCAACUCCGGCCCGGCUAUCAUAUCACAGACCGGCUCCGGCAUAUCCGUAGGGCCCAACCCUAAUCCCAACCCUAUCUCAAUCUCUGGUCCGGUAACGGUAACGUCCCGACGCGCGAACAACACUAGCGUCACUAUGAUUAAUGCGAGUUCCAACUCAAAUAACAAUUCCAACUCGAACCAUAGGAUAAGUGUGUUCGAACCUUAUCCUAUGCGGGACACAGUGCAACAUUUCUGUGAGAAACAUUUGGACAAAAUUAAGGCGUAUAUGGAUAACGUCUCGCUGAGGAUACCGCCGCCAGCCAAGUGUACUAUUGAAGAACGCCGGUCAAAGAAGCUCGCCCGGCUUCAGUUCGCGUGCGGCCGCCGUGGGCCGCACUGCCUCUACUCCCGGACCUUAUUCUCCAUGCGGACCCGCGCCCCGAGAGUUUGGAUCCACCUGAUGUUCCUCGCGCUGCAGGCCCGGCACGCGUCAGCCCUCUCCUCGAGGGAUCCCACGGUCGCUAGUCUGAAACACUGCUGGGACACGCUCAAGUGUGAGAACAAGACCUUCCUCACUCUGGUCACUAGCGCCUUCCCUAACUUCAAGGAACAAGAGAUGCUCCUGAACGAGCUUCGUUCAGCGGGGUUCUUCGACGUUUUCGAGUUAAACACCACUCGAACGGACGGAGUGACGGUCCCACCAACCCAGGCGACCUGGGGUUGUUUCCUCUGCAACCACCCUGAGAGGGCCGUGGGCUUCCUCGCGGCGGACGGGCAACCCGUUAUAGAAGGACAGUUGAAGGAGAAGAAGGGAAGAUGGCGCUUGUUUAGAAGGUGGCGGACGAGGUAUUUCACCUUGUCUGGCGCGCAUCUUUCUUGUAAAGGAUCUAGCGGCGGCGAAAGCAUUGACAUAAACCAAAUCCGUUCAGUGAAGGUAUCUCGCGGGGCGCGCAACAUUCCGAAGGCCUUCGAGAUCUUCACGGGAGACCAGACUCUGAUCCUGAAGCCCAAAGACGGUAAGAACGCGGAGGAAUGGGUGCAGUGCCUCAGUAUAGCCGUGGCACAUUCCCAGGCGAGAGAUGUACCCGCUAAAGCUAACAGUUUGCCAGCUAGGGGACUUACGCUCAAGAGUUUUUGAAGUUUAUCUGGUCUUUUGAAUUUGGUAGCGUUUUACUGCUAUCAACUACAAGACUUAAUAGGAGGUCUAAAGCUACCCGAAUACUAGGGAGAUAAUCCGACGUAAUUAUAAUGGUACAUUCGAGCUUGCGUACUGCAAGCAACUUCCUAUUACGCGGAUAGUCUUAAACGUCAGUAACACCGCGACAGUGUUCUAAAAACAUCGUUGAUAAGUAAAAAAGAACUGCAACCUUACAGAAAUAAAGGAUAGAUUUGAUUGCAAACUGUGAAAACACAGCUUUGUAAUUGUACUUAAUUUUAAGAGUGAGGCCAUAUAAUGUUUCUUACGACUUUAAAUGAAUUUAAAACGAAAUAUUUUAAGCUAAAUCUUUUAGAGAAGUAUCUCGAACACUUCUCGAAAAUAUUUUGUUGUGUACUUAAUUCGAAUCGAAGGUAAAUAUAUUUGACAAUAAUUAUAACGGUCAACGAAAAUAGUACACUAUUUCAUUGAACCUAAAAAACAUACUUGAAAAGCAUACGAUUGUGACAAGUGACUGCGUAUAUAGAUGACUUAUCAGUACUAACUUGUCAGGCUUAUAGCCUUUAAAAAACCAGUGCCUCAAAAGUGAUUAUCACGACGACUGCGUACUUUAGAUCUCACUUUACUUGAUAUACAACUAUUUAAAUUAUAUCUAUACUUAGAUAACAAAUUCGUAAACGCCGGAUCAAUAUAUCUCUAAGAAUUGUAUCGUUUUUGAGAUAGUCUUCGAUCAUAUAUGUUGGUAGAAGCACAGUUCCAUACAAAAAUCAAAAAAAGUACCGUCCCCGCGACAAUUCUGAUGUAACUUCAAGUAUUUCGAAAAAGCUCUGAAAUGCCGGACGGUUUAAUCUAAUUUAAAUCUUAAGUGACUGAGAUAACUGUGGAAAUGCGGCGCUCGAAUAAGAAAGAUACGAGGUAUCGCUGUUAGAACGCUGUCAUUUUUUAGGCGGCAACAGUGCUGCCAAUAUGAUCGAAUCGGAAGUUAUUCUGUUUUCAAAUUGUAUUUUAAAACGUCCUUUCGCUGUCUCGACUCAACAGGUUGUCUAAAAGGCCAAAAUAAAUUUAAUAAAUGCUCAUAAAUUAAGGUGAUAAAGUAUCAAUCACAUUCCAGUUUUUAGUCGAUUAGUUCUUUAGUUAGUUAGUCGGGGUUUUGGAAAUUUCCGCGUAGCUUAGUCGUUUUUGAUGUACUUACUUUUUUCAUGUAGAUUUUAGCGGUUUUUUUUUAUCAUAAGCAGUGCCUUAAGUGUUUGUGUUGUGAAAGUCGCUGUGCGUUUAUACGGCUUGUUCAUGGAAUGAAGCUUUUGGGUAAUCCCAGUUGACAGAAGUGCGGGUCUUAAAAGGCCACAUUGAAGCAAUCCGUCUAAAAACGCAAUAUUGCAGUUUGACAUUUGCGCACUUUAAAGUAAGUGCGCAAUGCAAUCAAAUGUCAAAGAGCGAUAUUGCUUUUUUAGAUGAAUUGCUUCAAUGUGGCCUUUUUAACCCUGGAGUAUUCUUACCGUGGUGGUCUUAGAAUUUGUAUUGAUUACUUACAAUGAGUGCAACAUGGUUACAACAAAGUAAGAGCUCUAAUUCUAGCGCUUAUUUCCACCAACGGUGCCGAUUCGAUAACCGUCAACUUAAAACUAGCUCUUUCUCUUUCUUUCACCUAUUGUAAGUGAAGGAUGGCACUAGUUUAGAGAGAGAGAGAGAGAGAGAGCGGUUUGUGCGGGCCCGAAAUGGCAACAUUGGAAAUGGGUGAAAAACAUUCAAUGUAGGUAUAAUAAUUACAAAUCAAAAGAUGAGUCUACACCAUUUUUCAUGAUGUUAAUAACAGCAUUAAAAUAAAAGUAAUUAUUUUAUCGCAAAGUAUAAAUGUUCAGCGACAUUUAAUACAUUUGAAAGUUUUUAAAAUUGUUGCCUACUUUUCUAACUUAACAUUUUUGAUGUAUUUAUGUUUUUUCGUAUAUCGUUUUAAAUGUAGGUUAGUUCCUGUAAUAUAAUGACGUGAUAAUUAUAAGUUGGCUUGAAGUACAAUUAAAUUAUACAGUUUGUUUAAGAUUUAAUUUUUCAACCUAGUAUCCGUUUUAUCAAGUUUUUUGUACAAUUUUAAGUUUUACAUGGCAACAUUGAUAAGUAUGACUGGAUGAAUUAUGAAUGUUGCUAGUUUAAACGUGUGUGUAUAAAAUGAAAUAGCUUUAUGGGUUGGAUGACGACUUUACAACAAUUCAUAAUUAUAUAUGAAUUUAUUUUAGUACUUUUAUUAUCUAUGGUUGUAUGUAUGACUAAUUUCAAAUGCUUAUUAUAAUCUAUACCUUUUGUAGAUUGCUAGAAUUAAUAUUUGGUAUAAUAUUUUAAUGUUGAAAAUUUAAUUCUGUAUAAUGAUUAAUGAACCUAUACAAAUAUUAUCAAUUAAAUUAAAUUUGUUAUGACAAUCAUAAUUUGAAAAACAAAAAAGAAUGCCAAUUUUCGUAGCUUACGAAUCUUAAUCUAAUUAAUAUAUUAAUAAUAUAUUUGACCGAUUUCAAAAGUUGGAAACAGUACUUUAUUAAUAAAAUAACCAAAAGGAAUUAAAUUCAAAUUCAGAAAUAUCUUUAUUCAAUAGAUAACAUAGUUACACAUUGAAUCGUCAUUUUUUACAUAACGAACGUCUCAUCCGCCUAAAACUACUGCAGCUUCUCACAACCUGUAUAGCCGGGGAAAAGAAACUGCAAGAAAAACCUCGGCAGAGGGUCGUAGACGUUCUUUGCCUAUAAGUACCUAUAUAUAUUACUGCUAAUUAUUUGAUCUGAGACACCCACUAAAACGACGAAUAUUCUGUGUUAGCCUAGCACAUGUUACACUUUAGUACUGUUUCUAACUUUGAUAAUCGUUAACAUUUAUUAUAUCGUCGCUUUAUAUUGAAAACCUCAUAAGCGCUUUUUUGAAAAAUAACUUUCUGAUGCUAGAUUAACUUCAACACGUAACAAUUGGGGUAGUCAGAGGUACAUCCAUCGCAAGAUGAACUAAGUACCCAAACGUGACCGAGCUUUUUGUUAGACCAACGUGAUAGAUGGUGAGCCGUAUCGCCGCUUAUAAUGGUCGAGCCAACUGUGUUAGUGAAAACUGCGCUUAAGGCAGCUUCAGUCCUACUGCAAGACUUUCAUUCCAAGUAGAAACUCAUCAUUACUAAUUUAAGAGCCAUGCUCUUGUCGGUGUAGCAUUCUCCAUGCUACUUUUUAAGGAAAAAUAGGGCUGUGGUUUCCCUCUUGCCUUCUGCCCCGCAGUACUCUGUGUGACGCGAGUGGGAUGGCGCCCAGAGUAGUCUAUUUCAAAGCCUAACUAGGACUCCUGUCCUCCGCCUCUGAAUACUACUGACAGUUACUGCUGCCCUCUGUCAGGUUCCAGGUUACAGUUCCUGUGACUUGCCCCUUCCGUCCUGCAUUGCCGUACCGAUGACUCCCAUCUCCACCUCUGCAACCGUUGAGGUCUUCACCCGUAUCCCUGGGCAAGGGUUCUACGUCAGCCACCAUCUCACUCCGGGCUACUGAAGAGGCGCCCACCCCUGCGGCAAGGACGCUCCGAAAAGGAAUUGCCCCAGUAAAAAUUGACACUACAAAAUUUUGCCUGGGUUGAAACAUCAGAAUAUAUUUUUUUGCAAACAAGGCGCUUACGUCUUUUUCAAUAUAAAGCGACGAUACCGAGGUUUUAAACGCCAGUUGCCUUUAUAAUAAUAAUCUAACAAAUUAUUGAGAUUUUGUAAAAAGCUCGAAGACUGAAAGCUGGUCAUAUACUUAAAUAUAAUAUUGCGUUUGCGUAUCUAUAUCUAGUGAUUCAAAAUUAACAUUCCCUUUUUAAAUUUCGAAGAUUAUUGUGGUCUCAAAUUAUAUAAACGGCCAGUUUUGAUUCAGAUGGAGUUUGUUUGAAAAUUGUAAUCGUCUGAUCAAGCCUGAAGAUUUUUAACACGCCUGGCUUUUCACAGAAACGACUGCCUGUCUGACAAUAUAGUACACAAUACUUUAUUGCACAGAAGGAAUAUAAUAAUCUAUGUUCUAAGUUAAAUAUCAAACGUAGUAAACGUAACGUAACGGUGUAGGGAUGGAUUCCAUCCACAUGUGGACAUUCCUCCUCUUCGAACCGCUAGAUUCGCUUCCUCCUUCAUUAUGCGGAAUGCUAACUGAAUGGAAUUCUCUUUGCGUCAUUGUCCCUGAUCCAUGCAGUUUAGAGAUUUUCAAGGCAAGUGAAUAGUGCGUACUCCCCCUUAAAUCGCUGCUUAAGGCGGGGUCGUGGUUAAACGCACUCAACAAUAUUAGUGCUUAGUUAUUACUAUGUCACACCCCAGACACUUCAUACAAACAACCUCAUUUUACACAGACACUACACAUUGACAUUAUCGUACACGCGCAUCUGUGUGUGUGACGCCUGACACCAUACGAUUCAAGUCUAAACUGAUCGAGGGAGGAGUGAGGUAAACCUAGCUCAGACGCUGGUGGGGAGCGGAGAGUUGCCUUUCUAUACGUAGUAUUAUUCCUUAUUCUAUGACUAUGUAUAGUCGUACUCAGUGCAAAGUUGUAACAGUUUUAUAAACUAUUUGUUCUCGUGUACUAUUCUUUUGAUAAAAAAAAAAACAGCGUGAGAGAAAUCUUUUUUGUACCAUCAAACGAAUUCCGUCGCAUCAUCGCUGGUCGUAUCGGUUGUAUUAUAGAAUGACAUUAGAUUUAGAACUAAAUUAUUCGUGGAUAAUUUUCAUUUACACUUGCCAAUUUGCAUUUCGAUUUGAAGCACAAUGGAGAAUGGAUGAAAAAAUUAAAGGGAAGUAGUUGAAUAUUUUUCUAUGAGUAGGAAUAACCUUUUUCGAGAACAUAAAAAAGUUUCAGAUUUUCCGGUUGCGUCAAACCGUUAUAAAAAAGUAAAAUGUUUUUUCCCGCCUUUAGGCGUAUUAGUUAUUAUAUUACGUCUGUAUGAAAGAUUUCCAUAGGUUGAAACAUUUUUAUUUUCAUGAAAAGGGUUAUUCCUACUCAUAGAAAAAUAUUCAAGCAUUCUCCAUUCUGAUUCUUUUUGUACACUUGUAUUUUUAGUUAUACUUGUAAUUUUGGACUGUGUUCUGAAGUAAAUGGGAGCAGGUACAAUGGUGCCAAUUAUGUCCGACAUAAACUUAAUUUGCCAAGACUAUAUUUCUAUCUCUUUCUUAUACUUGUGUAAGUGCAGGACGCCAUUAGUUUAAGAGCUAGGAAACUAAAGUUAUUAGCUUAAGUUUAACGCCGAUAUAAACAUAAAUUUAUUUCAGUAAGACGGCUCUAACCGUCCUUAACCUACGAUUAGUGCAAGAAAGAGAUAGAGUUAUUUCUAGAACUAAUAUCGUUGAAAAUGAGAUUCGAGUGAGUUUUAAAAAAUCCGUCCGCCGUUUCUUUAGUUAUAAACGGAUAGAUAGACAGAUAUUGUAGUUUGUAGUUUUGGAACACAGUCUCAGUAUGUUAAAGCGCUUAUUACAGGAUCCUGUCCAUCGGGCCCGAUGCCUCAAGGUCUCGAUGCAUCGUGAUCUGUGUAACAAUAGCUCAUCGGUGGGCGGAGCCACGAAUCGCCAUACAUUUUAUACCUACACCCGAUGCGAUGCCCGACGGAUUGGGUAGUGUAAUAAGCACUUUAGUAAUUCGUUCAACUGUACCGUCACCAAAUAUCGAGUGUUCAUUGGUUAACCAAAUCUUUUUGUUCUUUAUUGUCCCGCCCCUUGAGUGUUUGUCUCGUUAAUAGUGUAAUGGCGGCUGUAAACUCGGCGAGAGACCUCGUGCGGAAUGCGAGAGUGUAUAUGACAGUUCUCGCCUGAAUCCUCCCGCAUAAACCUAUCGGGCAAGAGCUCUCACCGAGACUAGACGAGCGCACUCGCUCUAGAAUGUACAGCCACCAUGAUAGGGAAAAUGAUGUAUUUAGCUAUUCCCAAGGGGCUACUUAUUUUUGAAAUGGUGCUUAUAUUAAACAGUACGUUCGAAAACUCGACCUAAUUUCGUUCGAAAAAAGAACAUAGGUAAUUUCUUAUUUAAAAUUCCAGGUUCUUAAAUCCUGUUUUUGAACGUGCUUUAAUUAACUUUUAACUUAUUUUUUAAGAAAUGUGACGUCCAUUUAGUAUAAGUUACUGACAAUAUUAGUGCUUAGUUAUUACUAUGUAUAGUCACACUCAGUUCAAAGUUGUAACAGUUUUAUAAACUAUGUGUUCUCAUGUACUAGGGACAUUAUCCUAUUGGUAUACGAAAAACUGUUUAUCUACUUAUAGGUACGGAUUGUCGAAAAAUUUCUUUUUUAAUAUUAAACAUUUUUAAAGUUUAAUUCUAGAAUUAGCUCUGUCUCUUUCUUACACUAAUCGUAAGUGAAGGAUGGCACUAUGUUUUUUAGAGAUGUCGAACUAAAUUAAGAAUAAAUAAGUUUUGAAAAAAGAACAAGUACAGUUGUCUUCCUGUGACACUUCUACUAACAUGUGGGUUGUAAGGUGGAUAACCAACCUCAGCAACCCUGGUUAUUAUUGACUCGCCAAAGGGGCCGCCAAAGGCCCACAACGUGGGGACGUCAUGUCACGAGUUCGUGCUUACAUCAGUAAGUAGUAACCGGGACCAAUGGCUUAACGUGCUCUCAGAAGCACGAAUAAUCUUACUUUCCGACAACCAGGUCAUCAGCCGUAAUUUCCUAAUCAAACUAGGAUCACAAAGUGAUUUUUGGAAUUGUGAUUCGAACCCGGGACCUCCGGAUCGCGAGCCCAACGGUCAUCCACUGGGCCACGGUGAAAUUGUUCAACGAACAUAACAGUAGUACAAAUAGUUUUUCGUAUAGUUUCUAGUUCACAGUUCUACUUUUAUUAGCUCUCAAAUCGUUGUAAAUUCAAACAUAUGUAUAAAAGCAUAUAAUAUUAAUGUGCUUUACUCAUUUCGAAUAUUACAAUGUAAAGAUCGACCUUACAGCAUGUGUAGAUAAUAAAUAAUCAAUUGUACAGAUAGACGCAUAUUUAUCAAAUUUUAUACAUGUUGAUUAAGUUUAAGUCUCCGGAUACUUAUGAAAUUGGUGCUACAUAAUAAUUUGUACCUUAAUAUUAUUAUAAUUCAGCGCUUCCAUAUUACGUGGGGUCCUAUUGUAUCAGUAAAUUAUACACCUAGUGCCAAGGCCAGAGGGUCUAAAACGCCACAUUGAAGCGAGUGAAAAGCAAUAUUAUUAAGUGUGAAAUGUUAACAAACGUCAAAUAGCAAUAUUGCUUUUUGAGAUUAAUUGCUUCAAUAUGGCCUUUUAACCCUAUUUGUUUUUGGCAAAAACAAGUCGACGUUUUUCUUUGCAAAAGGUACCAAGGGUAAUAUCAUUAUAGAUGUAUAAAUACUAAUACGUCCCACUACUGGGCACAGGCUUCCCCUCAAUCAAACGGAGGGGGUAUCAUUCUGUCAAUAAUAAAUUCACGCCUUUACUUCCUAUCGGGUUGGACAGAGCCACACGUCAUGGCAACAUUGUGUGAAGAUGAAACAUGUUAGCAAAUAUUUUCUUACACGAAACAAAGAAUUCCUAUUAAGUACCCGACUCCGACGAAGUAAAAGGAGGGUUAGUGUUUGACCACUGUAUUUAGUAUUAAGAAAAUAAAAGUAAAGUUGACUGGUACAAUAGGACCCUUAGGACUCCUUAUGUUUAAGACGAAAGAACAUUACAGAUAUGACAAGUUGUAAGCGGACAGCUUUUAGAAUAACAGGGCGCUUGUACUUAGAUGCCUUAUUUAUGAGUAAAAUAAAGUUCUGUUUGUAUAA